AGAUGCCACAACUUCCACACAACAUCAAUCAUGAAGCGUGACAUGGCAACCCCGCACAAAUGAAACAAAACAUUAGUUGUUAAAAACUAUGUCAAUCUUCAAGGCACGUGUCCAAGAAUUCGAGAAUACCCUGGCAAAAGAUGAAAUCGACCUGAAAGCGUUGAGGCAAUUGUGCAGUAAUGGUGUUCCCGAUGUUAAUAGCCUACGGCCGCUGUGCUGGAAAUUAUUACUGGGCUAUUUGGGUCCAAAAAAGGAAUCUUGGUCCAGCACUUUAGCGAAGAAGAGAUCAUUGUAUCGCCACUUCAUUGAAGAUUUAGUAUUGCCACCGGGCCUAAAAGAGAAUGGAGAUAAAGAUAUUUUAUGUGACCAUCCACUGAAUGAGGGUCCGGACAGUGCUUGGAACACAUUCUUCAAUGACAAUGAAUUCCUGCUGCAAAUUGAUAAAGAUGUGAGAAGAUUAUGUCCAGAUAUUUCGUUUUUCCAACAACCCACGGAAUAUCCCUGUGACAUUGUGGUCAAUAGUAAAGGUGAAAGGCGGCUGCAUCAAAGAGUUGUUCCCUCUGUACUGAAAUCGGCCAAUGUGGAACGCAAGGGAUUGGGUGUUACCAAGAUAAAUUUAAUUAACAAACGCUCCGAGGAAACCUACAAGGCCAUGGAUGAAGGCCAAGAGGCCCACUGGGAAGUGGUCCAGCGUAUUUUAUUCUUAUAUGCCAAACUAAAUCCCGGCCAAGGUUAUGUCCAGGGUAUGAAUGAGAUUGUGGGUCCAAUUUAUUAUGUCAUGGCCUCGGAUCCGGAUCCAGAGUACAGAGAACAUGCUGAAGCUGAUUGCUUCUAUUGUUUUACUGCCCUAAUGGCCGAAAUACGAGACUUUUUCAUCAAAACUUUGGAUGAUUCAGAGGGUGGCAUUAAAAACAUGAUGAAACGCUUAUCGGAAAUGUUGAAAGAACGUGAUUUGGAAGUAUAUGAACGAUUGAAAGCACAAGAACUUUAUCCACAAUAUUAUAGUUUUAGAUGGAUAUCCCUCAUUCUCUCCCAAGAAUUUCCCCUACCCGAUGUGGUGCGCAUUUGGGACUCCGUGCUGGCGGAUGAGAAACGUUUUGAUUUCCUCCUAUACAUUUGCUGUGCUAUGAUUUUAAUUCAACGUGAUCAAAUAUUACAAAAUGAUUUCGCAUGCAAUGUGAAAUUGUUGCAAAACUAUCCACCUCUUGAUAUUAACAUAGUAUUGACAAAAGCCGCAUCGUUGCGAUAACGUUUGGCAAUUUGGUAAAUUUAAGCAAAAAAAAAGCUGUUCACACAAAACAAUAUCGGAUUUAGAAGCAAUCAAACACAAACACAACACGAAAAAUGUAUGCCAAUGUAUAUGAAACUGCGUGUGUUUUUUUCUACAAAAUAGCUCGUUGUAAAGUUCAAAAGUAAUCUAAAUUUAUUCUUUACUACUGUUUUUUUGUAUAAAUAUUUAUAUUAAUUAUUUUUUGAAAACGAAACAAAUCUCGAAACCUAUCAAAUAGUUUUUUUUUCUAAUGGAAAAUUAAUUGAAAAAAGUAAAUAUAUAUACAGAUAUAUUUUUAAAACUAAA